UUGUUUCUGAUCUCUCCAGUAGACGGAGGCGCCGCUGCGGAGAGACCGGCGUCAGUCUGCGCGUCUCUCCUGUGUCCGUUCCUCCGCGGAUGUGCCCGGUGCUUGUCAUUGCUUUACCGUCGGAAACUGUUCGAGAGCAAUUACAGCUUCAUUUGCGGAGUUCAGUUCAUUUCAUGUGACAGAAGUUCCAGCAGACUCGGAUCGGAUCGGCUCUUUCUCCGCCGGAGGCACCGGAGCAUUCGGUUCGGUUCUUCUCAGCUGAUCUUCAUCCGUUCAGCCGGUGUGGACUCGUACUCUCAGCUCUGACAACUUGGAACAACUCCAGGAUGGUGUGUGUCGGCGCUGCUGGGCUGCAGGUUCUUGUGGUUCUGCUUGUGUUCUCAGCAGAAUGUGGGCUGACUCGAGCUGAGACUCCGGCGACAGUCCGGAGAGUGACCCAUCCUCCCCUGCGUCGCCCGUUAUCCAGCUCCGCUCUGCUCCCGUGUAUGUUCACCCUUCCGGCCGCCCUGAUCCCGGGACACGGCCCCUUCAUCCGCUGGAGCCGUGGCUCCGGAGCGCAGGAGCAGACGGUGCUGUCAGCCCGGGACGGGGUGGUCAGGGUGCACCGGGCGUAUGUGGGUCGGGUCAGUCUGCCCGGAUACUCGGCCGACCCGCUCAAUGCCUCGCUGGCGCUUUCCCAGCUCCGCUCCAACGACUCCGGGAGCUUCCAGUGCCACGUCGCUCUGGGAGAAAAUUAUGAGCAGGAUACGAUCAUCCUGGAGGUCACAGGUGUGGUGUUUCACUACCGUUCUCCCGCGGAGCGUUAUUCGCUGUCAUUCGCGGAGGCCGUUCGCGCGUGUGAGGAGAACUCUGCUGAGGUCGCGACCCCUGAGCAGCUGUUGGCGGCGUUUCACUCCGGCAUGAACAGCUGUGCGGCCGGAUGGCUCCGAGACCAGAGCGUCAGGUAUCCCAUACAGAGACCCGAGCUCGGCUGCUAUGGACACGCAGAGUUUUCUUCUGGAGUGAGGAAUUAUGGGAAACGAGACCCUUCGGAACUGUUUGACGUUUAUUGUUUCGCCAAUGACAUGCAAGGUGAAGUGUUUCCCGCCGGCGUUCCUGACAGACUGACUCAUCCGGAGGCCACGGCUCAGUGUGCGGCUGUGGGCGGCCGGCUGGCGACCGUGGGUCAGCUCUAUCUGGCCUGGAGCUCUGGGCUGGACCACUGCGAGCCGGCCUGGCUGUCUGACGGUAGCGUGAGGUUUUCCAUCAGCUCGCUGCGCUCGGACUGUCCUGCUGGAGAACCAGGCGUCCGAACUCUUUCACCGUCAGAACUGAACAACGGGACAGCACGCUUCAAUGCUUUCUGCUAUAGAGAAAAGGAAGCGCAGAAGCCUCUCACAGACAUCGUGAAGUCGUUACUGAGACCGUGGAGGUACAUGACCGGAGACGACGCUUCCGAAUCGUUUUCCUCCAGCAGCGACGCACAGACUGCCGGCCAGCCGGACCUGCCUGACCUUCGACCCGCUAACUGGACCGGACAGGUGGAUCUGGACAAAGAGCCGCUGAUGGCCGCUGAGGGCGCCGAGCUCUCGGCCGAGUAUCUGACAGUCCGUCUGCGAGCCGGAGACACGUCUCUGGACUGGAGCGGCCAGCUGGACUCCUUCCCAGACAGCCGACAGGUGCCUCCGGAUCUGAGUCCUGGCGGCUCGGCCCGAGAGGAAGAGGACGAGGAUGAAGGUCUGUCCGGUCAGUCUGUGAGUCCUGCGGGUCCUUCAGAGGCUCCUCAAGGAAAGGCCAAGAGUUCCCUCACCAGCAUCGCCAGCUCGUUAUGGAAACCCUGGAGCUACUUGACUGGAAGUGAAGCGGAGGCGACGACUAAGAGCGCGGCUGUGAUGGAGACAACCACGACGGACGCCAGAACCACUGCAACUCCCGGAUCAGGAUUAAUGUCAUGGUUAAGCCGCUCGUGGCUGCCUGGUCCUUCAACCGCCACUGAUAAAUUAAUCACCUCCUUCCCGCCCACAAGUUCAGUCGUACCGACGACAGUCCCACCAAACGCCACUAGAGACGGACCGAGCGAUAAUCAGACCAGUCGACCUGCACAGGACGGUCCGGCGACGGCGGCCGAUUGGGUCGUUGUGACUGAAAUACCCGAGCAGAAAACCCAAACCCCUGAACCCAAAGUCUCUAUCUCGACUGAGAACUUCUCCGGAGAGAGUCGAGUGCCGGAGACAGAGGGCAGCUCGUGGGGCGACACAUACCCGUCGUCCCAAACACCGCUGAUGGUGGAGAUCACAAGCACAGGUUCCUUCUCCACCGCUGCACACGGACUCGAGGCUCGCGGAGAAAUCCAGUACAGACGCAGAAACAAACCCAAGAGACUCAACCAGAGCACCACUGAGACGACCACGAGCAUAACGACUCCCUCCGCCACGAUGUCCAGCACUGGAGACACUGCGACGACCCUCUCAACAUCUGCAGACGACACUCAGACAUCAAGCUUCAUCACGACGGUUCCCAGCAGCGUAGAGCAGGACCUGAGCACCGCCGAGGCCGUCAGGAAGAACAGCUCCACUGGAGAAGAAGCAGACGACAGAUGCAGCUGUCUGCACGGAGGGACGUGUCUUCCUCACGGAGAGGGUUUCCGCUGCUUCUGUCCACAGGGUUACGCAGGAGAGAGCUGCGAAAUCGAUGUUGAUGACUGUCAGUCGAACCCCUGUGAGAACGGCGGCACCUGUAUCGAUAAAGAGGACUCGUUCGUGUGCCUCUGUUUGCCCAGUUACAGCGGAGACCGAUGUGAGAGAGACACAGAGGGCUGUGAACACGGCUGGAAGAAGUUUCACGGUCACUGCUACCGUCUGUUUCCACGCAGACACACCUGGGAGGAUGCAGAGAAAGACUGCAGGGAACACAGCAGUCACCUGACCAGCAUCACUUCCUCCAUGGAGCAGGACUUCCUUAACGGUCUGGGUCAUGAGAACGUCUGGAUUGGCUUGAAUGAUCGUACAGUGGAGGAGGAUUUCCAGUGGACUGAUGGGAUGGAUGUUGUGUAUGAGAACUGGCGUGAGAAUCAGCCGGAUAAUUUCUUCGCGGGCGGAGAGGAUUGUGUGGUGAUGAUCACCAGAGAGGACGGCAAAUGGAACGACGUGCCCUGCAACUACAAUCUACCCUACAUCUGCAAGAAAGGAACCGUGAUGUGUGGCACUCCGCCGGCCGUCGAUAACGCCUAUCUAGUGGGCCGCAGGCGCUCACACUACGACAUCCACGCGGUGGUUCGGUACCAGUGCGCCGACGGCUUCUUCCAGAGACACAUCCCGACCAUCCGCUGCCGACCCAACGGGACCUGGGAAAGACCCAAGAUCAUCUGUACUAAAUCACGGCGAUCUCACCGUUACCGUCGGCAACACCACAGAUCUCGGCGCGAGCAUCGACGACACCGGAGACACGGAUCUGGGCACAGGGGGCGGGAUUAAGCCACGGGGGCGGGGCUAAAAGCAGGGGUCGUGACCUCUGACCCCGUGACCUCUGUUCCUGUGUUUCCAUGUCAGAGGAAAGGACAGAAAUAAUCGUUCUUUUUUACCGCUGUUAUUUAGGUUUCACUAACCCUCUGUUCACAUCUUCAUUAGAAAAUGUUUUUUUAUUGGUUAUUUGAUGCAGACGGACGGUGACGUGUCAGUCUGCGGUGAUGCGGUGGCACGAACGCUCUUCAUCUUCAUAGUAUAGUCGUAUUAAUUUGUUCACGCAGCAGGUGAAGGUUCUGGUAGCUCAUGCUCACAUUUGUUCGGUUUUAGAUAUUUUGGAUGUAAUGCUUUAAUGAAAUACUGAAUGUCCAAACUGCCCAAAAUGAUUCAUAUUCAUGAAAUAAGACGCUCUUCAAGCCUUUGAAUGGCACAAUAAUGAAUUCUUUUUCCCCAUGAGACUUUACUUUGUCUUCGUUUUGAGUGGUUUAUAUUGCAAAUCUUGAACUCUUGUGAAAUGUUGGACUAGAAUCGUAGUCAAACCUCUUACGUUCAUAAAUGAGGGAAUUUCAUGAAGAAAAACAACUUUCAGCUCACAUUUCAGACCAAAAUGAAAAGAAAAAAACUUUUGCAUAAAGGAAAUGAAGCCUGUUUUUAAAAUCAUUGAUUUUUUUUUUUUUUGCAUUAUAAUAAUUAAAUCACAUUUACUCUCAAAUUAAAUAUCCAAACAAUAAUAAAAUCCCGUUCUCAUCACUGUGAUAGAGGAUUAAAUUCGUUCUCUCGUAAGUUCUUUAUACCAGUGUUAUGUUUAUUAAUAUUUUCAAUUAGUUUAUAUUUUUGCAUUUUCUAUUUUCAUUUAAAUUACCUAGUUAAAUUACUUUCAUUAAGUUUUAUUUUCAUUAUUAAUUAAAAUGAAAAGUGUUGCCUUGGCAAGUAGCUGUAAAAAAAAAAAAUUAAAUAAAUGUAAAAAAAAAUAUUUCACUUAAAAUUUAUUUCAAGCAAUGAAAAUGUUUUUUACUAGUUUUAAAUUUUAGUUUUAGUUCACCUAUAAUAACAAUGCUUUAUGCAAAAUGUAAUUUCUUAUUUCUUUUUGAUGUUGGGGUGAAAUAUGAGCAAAACAGAACUGAAACUGAGUUUGUAAUCGAAUCUUCUCACAUAAACUGUGAUGAAGCAUCGGAAAGAUCUGGAACAGAGAUGAUUGACAGCUGCUUGAACGUCUGUGUUCAGCGUGAUUCAGGUGAAUCAUUUCAGUUGAAUCUGAAUCAGAAGGAUUUGACUCUUUGAACAGAAACAAACAGACACACUGAGUCCUCAAGAGGGCGAUGGAGUUUCCUUCACAUCUCAGUUUUAUUACCAUUCAGGUCACUUCAUACAAACAUGUCAAUAGGUUUAACCUGCUCGGAAAGAUCAAUACAUCGACCUGAGCCUAGAAGAAAGUUUAUGCAUGAACACAUACUUUAUAAAUUGCGUUCUGACACAUUUUAAAUUGUGUGAGUGAGUGUUCACAUACUUUAUCAGGUGCGUUUGAGGCCGCAGGCUCUGAUCUGAUUUUAUUCUCCCCUGCUGAAGCACAUGUGAAUGUGACGUGUUGUAGGAGCUCAUUUCACACGCCUGUUGCUUGGUAACAUAUCGACAUGCGCUCUUAAAAAUAAAGGUGCUUCAUAGAAGAACCUUUUUGUCUAAAUGGUUUCAUAAAGAGCCUUUAACAUCUGAAGAACCUUUCUGUUUCACAAAAGCUACUUUUUGGUGAAAGAAGGUUCUUCAGAUUAUAAAAAGAUAAGAAAGAAAUGACUGAAUGCUUCUUUGUGGAACCAAAUAUGCUUCUUUUAUGGCAUCGCUGUGAAGAACCUUUUAAGCACCUUUAUUUUUAAGAGUGUGUGUCUCGGUGUCCUUUCUGUAUUUAUGUGUGUGUGUGUGUGUUAUUUGAGAUAACUGCAUGUGUUUCUGUGUGUGUUUUGUUUAUGCAGUUGUAAGUGUUUUUUAAACUACAGAUGAGACUCAAAAAUGAAUUUCAUAUUCAGUGUUUUUGGUUUGUUUUCCAGUACAAACAUCUGAACAUUCUUACAUCAAGAUACAGUAACUUCAGAAGCAAAAAUAUUACAUCUUAUUUUCUAAACAAAGGUAUCAAAUUAAGUGAGUUUAUACUUAAAAUUGAAAAUAUAUGAUAAUAGGGUCAGAAAAAUAAACUUGUUUUCCAUUUGAAUUAAGUUUUUCUUGGAUAUUUAAGCAUAAACUGACUUAAUUGUAAUAAAAUAUAAGUCUCGUUUUAUGAAAAAUUUCAAUCAUUUUGAUUUCCCCUCAGUUAAAAAAGGUUUUUAGUUAAAAUGAUAAAUUUCACAUGAACAAAUACUGCCUUGAAAUAUGGUAAAUAUAACAAUUUAAUAAAUUGAAUUUUUUCUUACACGACUGACAGAUAUUUUUACUUGUUUUAAGCAUAAACUCACUUAAUUUGAAUAAUAUUUGACUUUGUUUCAACCUAGAAUUAAACUGCUGGUCUCGUCUGAGAACGGCACACUAUUUCCAUUUUUUUAAUACUGUAAAGCUUUUUUUUUUUUUUUGCUUAAUAUUUUAAGUCAUUUUGCUUCUCAAGUAAUUGUGUCUUGACUUAAGAAUGUUUAGAUAUUUGUACUGGAAAACAAGACAAAAAUACAGAUUAAGAAAAUCCUUUUUUUGCAGUUCAGGAUCUGUUCCUAAACCUAGUGAGCUUCCUAACUAGACAACUUAAAGAUGCAACUUCCUUAAGAUUUUUUAAUAUCACUUUGAUAGAGAAAUCAGUGUCAGAAUGCAUUGCAACAAGCUCAGUUAAAUCUAACGCAAGAUGUGCGAUGAAGUUAAAAACACAUUUCAUUUAGUGGUGGAAAAUAUUGAUAAAAAGUUGAUUCUAAUUAAUGCAUUAUUUUAUCCAUUAUUUGUUUUUCUUAAAAUGCAUGGUUUUCAAAUUCUCAAAAUCAAAUGGCGUUUAACACACAAAAGUGCUUCCGCAUCUCUCACUUGUGAGGUUCGGUCUCAGUUAGGAUGCUGCCUAUGUAGGGAGCAGAUGUGUUUGUUAGACAGAAUAACUCGGUGUGGAUCUGGAUCUGUUCUCUUUUCCUCUCAGUAUCGUCUGUUUGCUCUGUGUGUUUAUUUAUAACAUGUAUUCUUUAGUGAACAUAAUGACGAAUAAUCCAGCACUUCACUCUUCUGUUUGCUCUGAGCUUACAAGAUCCACUUUCUUCUGUAAAUAAAUUGUCUUUACUCAUUUAGUCCUUCAUAACGAUCAUUGUUUACUUGCUUUUAAUGACAACACUAAUGAUUGUCAGUUUUUUAUUCUAGUAUGUGAUCACAUUUAAGCACCCUGUUCAGUAUUGUUUUUGUACAAUAACUAGCAGAACUGACAUGGAAAUGUGUGUUUCACACAAUAACGAGCGUAUGUUUGGAUCUCUUUAUUAAACCCUUAUUAAAACGGCCGUCCGGUGAGAGAAUCGCUCAGAUCAGUCUGCUUUCUGAGGUCAAACUUUGAUGUUUUUAUGCUUCACUUCACGUUUGUUGAUGUGUUUUUGUUCUUUAUUAAACUCAAAACAAACCAACAAUAAAACCGA